AUGUUCUCGUCCUCGUCCAGAAGCUCUCUGCUCUCGCCCUGGACGUCCAUGGAGCAGUCGGACAGCGAGCGGCUGGACAUCAGCACCAAAGUGCAGCUGCAUGGCGUCCUGUGGAAGAGGCCCUUCGGACGCCCGUCGGCAAAGUGGUCCCGCAGGUUCUUCAUCAUCAAGGACAGUUUCCUGCUCUACUACGCCGAGAGCGAGAAGAAAAGCUUCGACAGCAACAGAUACUUCAACAUCCACCCAAAGGGCGUGAUCCCUCUGGGAGGAUGUGUGGUGUCGGCUAAUGAAAACAUGGGGAUGCCGUUUGCCAUCGUCAUCAACCUGGAGGAUUUCACUGGAACCAUCGUCCUGGCUGCAGAGUCCGAGGAGGAGCAGCUCCAGUGGAUGGAGAUGCUCCAGGAGUCGGGCAAAGUCACGUGGAAGAACUCUCAGCUGGGCGAGGCCAUGAUCGAGAGUCUGGAGGCUCAGGGGCUGCAGCUGGCCAAGGAGAAGCAGGAGUAUCUGGAUAAACUGAUGGAAGAAACUGAGGAGCUCAGUCAACAGAGGGCGCAGACAGAGGAGCUGGAGCGUCUCAACCAGGUGCUGGAGGAGGAGAAGAUGAAGUUUGAGGAGGUGGUUCUGGAGCUGAAGUCCGAACAGGAGCAAAUCAAACAAGACCUGGACGGAACCACUCAGUCCCUGAAGGGAGUCGAGAGCGAGAAGGAGGAGCUGAGCAGCUUGACUGUGAUGCUGCAGAAAUCCAUCGAGGAGCUGUCUCAGGAGAAGCAGAGAACCCUGGAGCUCCUGGGGGUGAAGGAGCAGGAGCAGGCCGAGGAGGAGAAAGAGGAGGAGGAGGGGGAGAGCUCCUGCAGGAAGUCGUCUGAGGAUGGAGACGAGCUCGGGGACGUGGAUCUGCUGAAGGACCUGCGACACAUCGAGGAGCAGAUGAAGCUCCUGCUGAAGGAGAAGGAGCAGGCCGACGAGAAGCUGAGGGAGAACGACCAGCGAGCUCAAGACCUGCAGCAGGAGAGAGAGUUCUACUCGUCUCAGGCCCGGACGCUGCAGCAGUCGCUCUGUCAGCUCACUGUGGACAAACAGCAGACUGAGGCCGAGCUCAAGGUGGAGAUCGAGUCUCGGGUGGAGCUGGAGCAGAAGCUGCAGCAGGCGGAGGCGGCUCUGCAGGAUCUGGAGAAAGGCCUGAACUCACUGGAACGAACCAAAGAGCGAGACGAGAAGAUGAUGGGGGACGUGACUCAUCUGAGGAGGUUCUUUGAGGAGUGUAUCUGUGCAGCAGAGAUCGAGGCGAAGCUCCCAGCGAUCAUGAAGAACGCUGUGUAUCUCCACAAAGCUGCUGCUCGCAGGAUCAAGAGCUGCCGCAUCCAGAGGAGAGCGUCCAGAAGCCACUGGUUGAAACACUCGCAGUCGUUUGCCGUCACCAGCGCUGACGGCGGCAGCCUGGAGGAUCUGAGGGAGACGGCCCGGCGCCUGACCACCGACAGCAGCUUCCGACAGAGCGUCUACAAGAUCAUCACUCGCAAGGACGCCUCAAACACCUGA